AUGGGAAUCAAAUCAAAUAUAAUCAAUGUAUUAUUUAUUUCGAUUCUUAUUGAUUUUUUGGAAUUCACUAUUAUAUUACCAUUAUUACCAAAAAUUUUAACUUAUUAUGGUAGUCAAGUUGAUGCUAAUCAUGAUACACUUUAUCAUAAGACAAUGUCAUUUGUUCAAUUUAUUCGAGAUUUAACUGGAGCACCUAACGAUGCCAAAUGGAAUUCAGUUUUAUUUGGUGGUAUUAUUGGUUCACUUUUUUCUCUUCUACAAUUUUUUUCAUCAACUUUAUGUGGUAUUGCAUCUGAUCGUUAUGGUCGUAAAUCAGUACUUCUUUUUUCUAUGAUCGGCAUAUCACUUUCAUAUGCUUUGUGGUGUGUUUCAUUUAAUUUAACAAUUUUUAUGUUAGCACGUGUUGUUAGUGGACUUUCCAAAGCUAAUGUUGCUAUUAUAUUAGCUAUAGUAUCAGAUACAACGACUGAAAAAGAACGAAAUCGAGCAAUGGCAUGGAUUGGCGCUGCAUUUUCACUCGGCUUUAUUUUUGGUCCAUUACUUGGUGCUUUUUGUAGUCAAUUAGCUAUUAUUUAUUGGCCAGCAUCAUCAGUUAGCUUUUUUAUUCUUCCUGCUUGUGUAUCACUUGUUUUAUCAUUGAUUAAUAUUGGAUUUAUUAUUAAAUUUUGUCCAGAAACAUUACCAAUUUCAAAACGAAAUGAAACAAAAACAAGUAUAACCGAUGUUUAUAAUGCAAUAUUUCCUUGGCGUUUAUUUAAAUUUUCUACUAUUCAUAAUAUUAAAUCAAAACAUGAUGUUACUAUUUUACGUCGUCUUGGUGUUGCAAGUUUUUUAUAUAUGAUUGUAUUUGCUGGUCUUGAAUUUACAAUUACUUUUCUUGUUUACAAUCGAUUCAAUUGGAACAGUAUGCAACAAGGAAAAAUGUUUUUUGUUAUGGGUUUAUGUAUGGCCGUAGUACAAGGUGGUUAUGUUAGACGAAUACCUAAUGGCAAAGAGAUUACAGCAGCUAUGACUGUAAGUUAUUUAUAA